AUGGAGGAUUCAGCACAAAGUAUCACCUGGACUGGGGAACCUGAAACAAGAUUUGCAUUUGAUCAUGUUGCAUGUGAAGCAGUAGACCAGGAAACACUUUUCAGGAUAAUUGGAGUGCCAAUGGUGGAGAAUUGCUUAUCUGGAUACAAUUGUUGGAUGUUUGCUUAUGGGCAGCUGCGAGAGGAUACCAAGAAAGGUGUAUAUGUUGAAAAUCUAUCAGAAUUAAGUGUCCAAACCGUUGGUGAUAUUCUUAAACUUCUAAGACAGGGUUCUUUAAAUAGGAAAGUUGCAGGUACCCGUACGAAAAACUACAAAAGCCGAUCACAUACUGUUCUUACGUGUGAAAUUCAGAGUAUGUGGAAAAAAGAUAGCAGCUGUAACUUGAGUUUUGCUAGACUAAAGCUUGUCGAUCUUGUAGGUUCAGAAAGCAGGCAAAAAGCUUCUAGUGUUGAAGUUGAGCCUUUGAAGAAGACUGCUUAUUUAAAUAAAUCAUUGUUUACUCUCAGUCGUGUAAUAAAGGCUCUUGUGGAUGUGGCGAAUGGAAGACCAAGGCAUCUGCCAUAUAGAGAUUCAAGACUCACAUUUCUAUUUAAGGAGGAGGAGGACACUGCAGAUAAACAAGAGGAAGAGGACAUUGAUCAUUAUGGAGAAGUAUUUGGACCAGAAAAUCACGUUGAGGCCGGAAUUAUUGAAGCCACUAUGACCCUGCAGGAGGAAGAACUCUCUCUUUUUCAGCAGGAAGAUGAAGCUUGUAACCUUAAAGAGAUGGAGAACAGAAAAAUAUUGGUACUUUUUCGAACUCAGGUCAUACUGAAGGAUGUAAACAAUAAAGUUGCAACCGAUCUUCAGAAUCAAGAAACAGAAUCUAUAUGUGAAAGGUUGAAGUGA